AUAAAUAAACCCGGAAGAUUUUCGCUGAAUUAUAAAUUAACUUUAUAACACGUUCUACAUUAUAACAUGUAAGAAAAUGGCCGGUCGUUCUUUACUAGUAUUAUGUGGCUGUAUCGGAAUAUGUGUUGCGGUGCCGUCGACAGAUCCUUUAUGUGGAAUGAAGAUACGGAUCACAGAGGGAGGUCUAAACUACGCCAAUACGGUAUUGAUCGACAACUUGAGAACAAAAUCACAGGGAAGUACCGUCGCCGACAUGAGCCAUACGGAAAAACACUUGCAGUUUCAACUGACGAAAAACUAUGUGAGAGAAUUGUCCAUUCCGAAUAGUCAUGUGACAUUACUUAAAGGCAAUGGGAUCAAAUGGAGUGCACGGGACGUUAAUAUAUCUGUUAGCUCCGACUACAGUUACAGAUACGAGAAGAAAAUAGGGUUUAUUCCAAUUAAAAUCAGUGACCAUGGUGGGCUAGACGUUAGUAUGAGUGGCGGGUCGUUUGAUGUCUGGAUGAAGAUGGGAAUGGAUGACACAAACAGACCAAGUAUAGCGACGUCUUCCUGUAAUUGUAAUAUUGCCACAGUGAGUGUCAAAUUCUCUGGAGGCAGCAUCGGGACAAUAAUUUACAACCUCCUACACGGGCUAAUAGGGAGCUAUUUGAAAGAUGUAUUGAAGAAAAAUCUUUGUGACACCAUCAAAGGAGUGGUAAAUCAUGACUUAGAGAAGUCAUUACAACGUGUAAGAAUCGAUCACAAAAUUGGGGACAAGUUUCAACUUGACUAUGGACUACUGAAAGCUCCAGAAAUCCACACGGAAUCCAUUGAAAGUUUCCUUAAGGGUAACGUAAACUGGAAGAAUACUACUGAACCAAUGCCGUUUGACCCGAGCCCAUUUCCAAAUACCAACAGCACCGACAAGAUGGUGUACGUGUGGGUGUCCGGCUACAUGUUUAACUCUUUGAGUUACCAAGCUGAGAGGCAUGGCAUAUUGAAGAGGACUCUAACAAACGGUGACUUUGAUGACGCAUUUCUUAACACAUCAUGCAAGUUUGGAAGUGUGUGUAUCGGGAAAUUUUUACCACAGCUGACUCACAGUUUCCCAAACGAAGUUGUAGAAGUAGAUUUGAUGUCCAGAAAAGCUCCAAAUAUUGCCCUAAUUCAAGGAAAACUUCAUCUGACAAUGAACGGAACAAUGACCAUGCAUGUAAAAAGGACCUCUGCAUCAGAACGCCAAUAUCUCUUCACCAUGGAUACGGAUAUGACUUCAGUCAUAGACAUUAGUUACGCCAAAGGAUAUCUACAUUCGAAGCUAAAGAAAAUGAAUUUCAAUGUCUGCAUAUCGAACUCAACGCUGCAUCCAAUAUAUGAACGUGCACUCAACUUCAUCAUGCAAAACAUCGUAAAAGACUACAUUAAACCGAAGUUAGAUGGUUUGGGCAAAACAGGAUUACCAUUGAUAAAGUCAGAUGACAUUAGACUCAAAAACACUGACAUUCAACUGAGCCAGGAUGCGCUUAUCAUAGGAACUGACCUAGAAGUCAUUAAAGAAUGAUGGAUGUAUUCGGAUUGAUAUUAGCUCGGUCUUUCUUUGGUUGGCAUCUGCAUUGCUUGAGUUCUUUCAACAUUAAUUAACAUAAUGUCAGUCGUCUUUUUAUCAAACAAUAUGCAUUUAAGUCAACGUUGCCUUCAAAUUGCCUGACGGAGUAUGCUUAUGAAUAAUAUACUGAAUAUAUUUCUAUUGUUAUCAUAACAGCUGAUUAAAUAUACGCGAGUUUAUAAAAUGAAUGCAGUGCAUCAGCUAGCGCCGAACCCAGGAUUUCCGGCUUAAAAGUCUGACGCUCUAACGAGUGAGCAGAAGAGAAAUUCUCACUGCCAAA